AGCACAGCAGCACAGCAGCCCGGCAGGCAGACAGGCUACACUGCUGUACAGGCUAGCACAGCAAGAGUAGGAGGGAGGGGCGGGAGCAGGGUAGGUCGUGCCCCAGUGAUCUCCUCUGGUUGUGCAUGUCAGUGCGCCAUGUUCACGUAUUUCAGGGCCCUCCUCGUCGUGGAGUUGCUGCUGGCGCAUCUGUCCGCUACUAGCAUUGCGGCCGCUGCUGCUGCUGUGCUGCGGCCCGGAGACAUCGUAUCGAUGUCUUACAGGAGCAAGGUCACUGGGAGCGUGGAAGAGAAACGAGAAGCACCGUGGGAGGAGGCCCUUCGAUCGCAGAUGCCUCGCUUCGGACGACCGGAUACGGUCCAGUUCAAGCCUAACUUGCCAGACGGCGGCACGUCACACUCUGCCGACAGGGAUCAGGUUGCUGUAGUGUUCGCGUUCUUUCAGGAGCAGUUCGUUCUGCGCCGGGUGAUGUUGAGAGAGGAGGGCAGCGGAAACGAAGAAGGGCGGCGUCUGAAGAGGCUCGUGGUGACGUUCGCAUGCGCCGGGGGGGAAAUCGUCAAGAUUCGCUCGGACCCCGUGUAUGCCUGCCGUACAGUUGUAGGCCCUCUAUUUGGCGGGUUAUCUAAGGCGAAUGGCGAUACCGCCGCCACCGCCACCGCCGGUGGCGAGGAUCCUGGCUUUCAGGUCGAGUACCGCUGGGACCACCUCCCCGAGGAGGACGCGCAGGCCGGUCUUUGGUUCCUGCUCUUCGCGUCCCUGGUAGUCACGGCCGUGCUCGCCGUGGACGUGUGCAACAGCACCGCCGAGGAUCGGGAUCGGGUUGGGAUGUCGGGCUCGCGGGGAGGGGAUGGGAGAGCGGGGGCGGCGGGCCCCCGGGUAGGGGGUGGGGGAGGCGUUUUGCGACCUUCGGGGGGAGGGGACGAGCUGCGAAGACGAAGAUAGAUUCACGUUUUCUGUGUCGUGGUAUUCACGUUUUCUGUGUCGUGGUAUAUGUGCCACCUGGACGCUUCAAGUGGUGAAGCCACUAGUUAAUGACGGGAAUCUAUAGGAUAGUCAUGUCCGGAAGUAGGCUGCGGUUGAGUUCUGCCCGUUGCCUCGAGUGUAUAGUAUUUUGCACUUUGAUGCUGUUCCACGUCUUAUUCCACCCAGGCGUCUCUCAUAAGAAUAAAGUCGUUCUUUGAUAGAUUUGCGACUUGUUGCCAACGAGAUUUACUGUGGAAAAGGCUGCGAUUGAUUGCGACCGGAAGAAUCAAGAGCCGUCACGCCACAUACAAGCAGGAUCUUUUUCUCCUUCCUUACAGCGCUGCGAAGAUUCUGGAAGCUUCGCCUAACGUACCAGAAUGAAGCACGCCCGAUU